AUGACAGUGAAUGACACUUACAAAAUAUUCAUCUUAAGACAUGGACAGAGCGAGCUUAAUCAUGAGAAUAUAUUCUGUGGGUGGAUCGAUGCUACGCUGACUGAAGAAGGAAAGAUUCAAGCUCGUAAUGCUGCUACGCUAAUUAAAAAAUUCUGUCACACGAAGGAAUCGCUUCCCAAAAUUGCGUUUGGAUCACGUCUUAUAAGGACCCAUCAGACAUUAGAAGUUAUGCUGGAUGAAUUGGGAUUGAAAGGUGAUUACGAAAUUGUGACGAAAUCCACGAAUUUGAAUGACAUUUUAGAGGCCCAUAAAGAGGGGAAGAUACCCGUUCUUCAAAGUUGGCGCCUUAACGAACGUCACUACGGCUCUUGGCAGGGCCAACGCAAGCCUGACGUUUUGAAAGAAUACGGGAAGGAACAGUAUAUGUUCAUCAGAAGAGACUAUUGGGGGAAGCCACCGCCAGCAGACCUUGAGCGAGAAAUGAUCCAAGAGAAACACGAUAAAGGUGCUCUAACGGGCUACGAUUUUAAAGAACCUACAAGACAUAUCAAAUACGCAUUGGAGGAAAAAUCGGGCGAGACGCUACCCAACAGUGAGUCUCUGAGCGAUGUUGUUCGGCGUCUGAACGUUUUUCUGGACCAAAUUAUCGUAGGGAGUUUAGAUAAGUGCUCGUCGUCGCUAGUUGUCGCACAUGGUAGUACGGUUCGAUCUAUGCUGAAAAUUUUGGAGGGCAUAUCGGAUGAUGAUAUCAAAGAUAUCAACAUUCCUAACGCAAUUCCGAUUGUGGUAGAAUUAGACAAGGCCACGAAGAAGUUUGUUCGCCGGUAUUACCUUGACCCAGAACUCGCAGAACAAAAUGCAGAGCGCGUCAGGAAUGAGGGUUUUGAGAACCAAAGUCAGGACAGAAACUGA